AUGGCGGUCAUAUUUCCCAUCGUGACGGAUGCGCAACGGGCAGUACUCGCGGUCGCCAUCGUCAGUAGCACGUUGGCCGUCGUCGCGGUAUCCCUUCGGUUGCUGGCUCAGCGUAUUGCCCGGAAAAAGUGGAAUAUGAGCGACUACUUCCUGAUCAUGGCCUGCAUAUUUGCCGUCGGUCUCGAAUCCAUCUCCGUCACCUUCGUCGUCCAGACCGGCCUAGGGUAUGACCAUGAGAAGGCGAUCGUCGCCAAGCAUGGGACAGAGCCGAUCACCAAACUGUACAAGCUGAUCGUCCCGGUGCAGAUCUUUUGGGUGUUUAGCCUCAGCUGCACCAAAUUCUCCAUUUUGCUACUGUAUCUCCGCAUUUUCCCGGCCAAGGCAGUCGUGCGGAUUGUCUGGGGUACCAUCGCCCUCGUUGCUGCCUGGGCGAUAGGGACUAUCUUGGCCACCUUUCUGGUAUGCCGACCAAUGGCCUUCAACUGGAACCCGAACAUUCCUGGUGGAACGUGUGGCCGCGAGAUCGUGUCCUACAUUGUCUCAGGGACUAUUAACUUGUUCACCGACCUGGUAGUGGUGGUAAUCCCCAUGCCGUUGCUAUAUCGGCUCCAGAUGGCAACUUCUAAAAAGAUAACCCUGAUGGCAGUCCUGGGACUCGGAUUUGUUGCGUGUAUCGUCAGCGUCCUCCGGAUCCAUACCCUGUUCAGAGUGCGGUUCGGCGACAUGACAUAUACUUUGCCGCAUGCCAACAUCUUCACCGGCCUCGAGCCUUGCCUCGCCAUUAUACUGUCGUCUAUUCCACUCAUGCGACCGCUCAUUGAUCGGUCGCCGAAAUCGCCCCGAGAUACGGUGGGCCAAGCUGCCAAAUGCCCCGUGCUGUCUAGAAGGGGCCCGGCUGCUGCCACCAACAGGCUGGACUCGCUAACCGAUGACUCGCACCCACUAUGGUUGCGGCCGAUGGGGCACAAUGCGUAUGCAGGGGUGGCCGCGGUCCACCCAUAUGGGCGGGACGAUCUGAGUAUUGGGAGCGAAGAAUCCCUGGGUAAGAAGCACGCGCGGCAGAAAAGUCUCGGUCAGAACCCAGCUGGCGGAAUCAGCGUCACCCAAGAGUUUGAGGUUAUCGAGGAAUAA